AUCAAGUGUCAGUCGGUAAAUCGUCUUCGCAAUGACAACACGUGCUCUCAAACAAGAAAAAUAGCUUUAAAACUAUAAAAUAAUCCAAAAGCUAGCAUUUAACGACGAAAUUAUAACCUAUAUUGCAAAUUUUCGACAAAAAUAGUGAUUUUUUUAAACUAGUGCUGUGAUUUUUUUGGAAAAAAGUGAGACACGAUGCGUUAUCUUCUUCUAGCAGUAUGCAUAGGCCUGGCCUGUGCCCAGUCCACCAUCGACCCUUCAGUCCUUGAGGGUAUCUUCGGGACGCCACCCACCACAAAACCUGUGGGCCCCGUAACACCGGCUUUAGAAGAUCAUCGUAGAGGUACAACGAGAGGGAAGGCGCCUCUGACUUCAACGCCAGUGGACACCUCACUUCUGAUCGAAGUAUUUGGGACACCCCCUUCCAAUACCGCAAGAGAAGGAUUCGAAUCCAUCACAGUGAAACCGACGGAAGGGACUUCAGUGUUCACGGAUAAAAAUGGCGAGGCCUGUCAGUGUGUUCCGUAUUACCUCUGUGACGCAAACCAAGUCGGUGUCGACGUGAACAACGCUUCGGUUACCGGGUGGGGCACGCUGGACAUCAGGUUUGGAGAAGAUAACGACAUAGACAGACAGUGUCAGGAGAGUGUGGAGGUCUGCUGUACCAUCCCCAAGGACACUUCGGAACAGCCCAAACCCAAGCCGAAACCCAAACCCGAGCCAAACCAGGCCAAAGGGUGCGGUUACCGCAACCCCAAUGGAGUUGGUGGAAUCACCGUUACCGGUGGUGGCGGUGCUGAAUCCCAAUUUGGCGAGUUCCCCUGGGUGGUGGCUAUCCUGGACAGGUACAACUCCUCGUAUGGAGGAGUCGGAGUGCUCAUACAUCCUCAGGUGGUGAUGACUGGUGCCCAUAUUGCUCAGAGGUACGCUCCCGGAGGCAUAAAGAUCAGAGCUGGCGAGUGGGACACACAAACUAUCAAAGAGAUAUUCCCAUAUGAAGAGCGAAAUGUACAGAACGUAGUUGUCCACGAGAACUUCAUGCCAAAGAGUUUGAAGAAUGACAUCGCACUGCUGUACCUGGACAGCCCCCUGCCGAUCUCGGAGUACAUCAACGUGAUCUGCAUGCCAGAACAGGACGAGGUCUUCGACAGCCACAAGAACUGCGUCGCCAAUGGAUGGGGCAAGAGCCACUUUGGUCUCCAAAACCGUUACGCCGUGAUCCUGAAGAAGGUGGAACUGGAUAUGGUGCCGUACAGCCGCUGCCAAUCCUUGCUGAGGAGGACCCGGCUUGGACACAACUUCAAGCUGCAUAACAGCUUCGUGUGUGCUGGCGGAGAGGCCGGCAAGGAUACCUGUCAGGGCGACGGAGGCGCUCCUCUAGGCUGUCCUGUUGGGAACAAUAGGUAUAAGCUCACGGGCCUAGUGGCCUGGGGAAUUGGGUGUGGACAACAGGACGUCCCAGCAGUGUACACCAACGUCCCACUCUUCGCCCACUGGGUGGACGACAAAAUGGCCCAAUGGGGACUCGAAGCGACGUCCUACCGAUACUCGGAAUAAAUUUAGAUCAUUCUAGUAUUAUUAUUAGUUUUUAAAUCAUCAUUUUUCGUUUGAAAGGUGGAUUUUGUAAACAAAAAUGUGUUUUCAAAAAAGUACUAUCGGCUGAAUUGGCGGUGACUAGCUUUAGUCAAAUCGACGAGAAAAGUUGAUAGUACACAAAGCCACAGUAAUAAGUAUACACCCAACAUAACUAUAACUAUGCAAUACCUUUACAUGUGUGGGUAAUUUUAUAGUAAUGUGCAUAAAAACAAACUAAUAGUCAAACGCCUAUUACGCACACAGUUUCAUCACGCAUACACUUAUACUAAAUAUCAUUUUCGUGAGGGUAUACGCAUUAAUACAAUAAUGAAAUAUAAAUAAAAACAAGGGUAAACAUAAAAACAAUACGUAACAAACAUUGAAUAAAUCAAAUAAGGAACGAUCGAGUUACAAAUAUUAUACCCAUAUAAAUAUAAUAUCUUCUCAUCGUUUUUUAUGUUAUUCAAUGAGAUACGAUAUUUGGAUUGUCACUUUAAUUACACGUAUGGCGCAAUGGAUAUCACUUGCGGAUAAAGUGACGAGGCGCCGGUUCGAUCCCAGCAUCACGUUCUUUUUGUAACAUUUUUUAAACAUUAUUGAAUGCAAAUUUUCUAACGUUUCAAUAUCUAAAUAAAACUUUACAAUGUUUGAGGCAACCACAGAACUCUCAGGUUAUUUUAUUUGGCCCGUUUAUGAAGUAACUACCGACAAUCCGCAAUAUUUUUCUCAAACACCCCACAUUAUAAAAAGUUUGUAUUCUUAGUUGUCAGUCUACGAGUAUUUAUUAAUAAUUAUCCACAACUCAUAGUCGUGUUUAAUUUAAUUUAUAUCUAUCCAUACAAAGUUAAAGUAUAAACAUAUAAACAUAACAUAGUCGUUGUUUUGCGGAAGAAGAACACAUAAAUUAUUUGAUAUUGUAAAGCGAUUAAGAAUAUUGGUGAGUAACAGUUAGACAUUAUUUUGAUAUUCUUUACCUAUACAAAUUACUACUUAUUUCAAUUUUAUUCUUUGUUCUUCACUUUUUAUGAUUAUAUAUUAUUUGCCUUUUAUGUUUAUAAAUAAAUUAAUUUAACUCAAGUUAUUUAUAAGUCUAUAUAACAACCUAAGUAUCUAAAUAUAUAAGGUUAUUUUUAUCAUAUAGACCAAAUUAUUAUUAUUAUAAUUGACUCUUUUAUUUUGUAUCCACAGAGGAAAAACAAGAAAUGUAGUUAUGGGUCGGCUGAUAUGGAUAUUCUGGAAACAUGGGAUAUAGAAUCACGCUAACGACGCAAAUUAAGUAAAUCCAGAGAUGAAUUCUUCGUUUAGCCACCACGGCAUUGUGCCCGAACCCAAGGUUGAUUCGGAUUACUUCCAAUGCUUUCUUCUCCACACGCGUAACAACGCGCGCCUAUGCUGCAAUCUGUGAUAUCACCUUCAUUCUGCCGUUUUACGUUGCAGCAAGUCAGCGCUGAACACAACAAUUACAAAUCUAUAAUAAUAGCUCAUCGAUAAAACAAAACCAAUUACAAUCUGCUAGGUUGAUCUUAAUUUUGAAAAUAAUGUUGUAAUUUUAUACUAAAUAAACAUUUGAUCAUUUGGAUAAAGGUAAAAUAUAAUGGUGUAAAAAUGUGUGCGGCAUAGGUGUGAUUAUAGUGAACGAAUUACUUUAACUAGUGGAAUCAUAAGUGUAUUGCAGUUGAAUUUAUUUUACUUAGUAAUUGUAAACCUUAUUUAUACAGACAUAACAUUCAUAAUUGUUUAGCAAUGUGAACAAAAACAAAUUUUAAUAAUAACUGAAUACACACGUUAUCGCAAUUUGAUUUUUUGUCCAUUGCUAGGAAUAUCGAAAGUCUAAAGGAGACGGUGAAGUGAUGUUAUUGUUAAGAUGUUGGAAAUUGUCAUAAUUUCUUUCCAUUUAACAUGUUGAUUCAUUUCACCACUCGUAUUAGCCUAAUUAAAUUUAAAUAGCUAUAGAUUGUGAAUGUUAAACGUGUCUGUAUUAAAUAAUUGCACCACGAUAUUUUUUCAUCCAAUUUUUUCAUGUUUUUUUACUUAUUGGACAUAAUAACACAUAAAUAAUAAAUUAUUUACAAUAAAAAAUAAUGUUAUUUUAUUCAGAAUCUGUUUCAUUGAUACCUUGAUUUUAUUAUACAGAAAACAAAAACAAAGCAUAACAAAACAAAGAAAAACAACAUAGUAAAUAAAUAAAAUAAAUACUUUUGGUUAGAUUCGAACCCACAUUGUCGUAAACGAUGUUUGAAACCGGUUCAUUAACCACUCGUCCACGAGCACUACGUCUAUUCAAUUGAAAAUGUUGAUUGAUAUCAUCGAUUGUCAAUAUUAUUAACCUUACCCAUAUAUUAAAUUAUAAAAAUACGUAUACCGACACAAAAAUUAUAGUAUUUACCAAUGUGUGCGUAAUAGGCGUUUGGCUAUUACGUUUGUUUUUAUGCACAUUACUAUAAAAUUACCCACACAUGUAAAGGUAUUGCAUAGUUAUAGUUAUGUUGGGUGUAUACUUAUUACUGUGGCUUUGUGUACAUAUUAAAAUGUAAACGUUUUCUCGAUUUAUCAAGCUUCAUUUCAUCUUUCAUCCCCUUUUUGUAGCAUCCAGCAUUAUAUUCAUCGUCAAAAUCUUUGUAUUUCCACCCCCAGUACAACAGGCCAGUAUGGAACUCUCAACAAUUACGUGUGUUAUGUCUAUAAAUUUAUUCGUUAUCAUCUUUCAUACAGUUUGUAUGUCAUUCAUUUUCGUCAAAUUAUAAGUAGUAAGUAAUAGUUUUAAUGAAGAAUAAUGCGACGUCCUGCGUGAGCGAUCUAGAUGCGACGGCGAUGCGGUGCGGCGCGAUCAAUUGACUUGAUAUUUUCGCGGUAAUGGUAACCCAUUACUAGGUUUGUUUCAUGAGUGCCUUUGGUUUAUAUACAUCUCCUAACCAUUUAUACAUUCUUUCCUUUUAAGACUUUAUAAUAUAAGUUAUACUAUAAAGUAAAACCAAUUGCAAUAAUUAUACACUAGACAAAAUGUUACCUUAAUUAUACAUAUAAGUAUGUAUUAACUGAUAUUAAAAUAAAUGCUCAAAUACAUUUAAUUUAAGUCAUUAGUAUUUUCUAUAAAAAAAAAUAACGUUAGAACAAGAAUAAAAACGAAUUUCAUUAUAUA